CUGAUCCUAACCAAGCUGUACGACUUUCAUAUUGGCAGCGUCACUGAGAGCACUCUUUGGAGAUCUACUGACUAUGGCUCCACAUAUGAGAGAAUGAAUGACAAAGUUGGAUCCAAGACUGUCCUGAGUUACCUGUACGUCUGUCCAACUAACAAGAGAAAGAUUAUGGUGUUGACAGAUCCAGAGUUUGAGAGCAGCGUGCUCAUCAGCUCUGACGAGGGCGCCAGUUACCAGAAGUACCGCCUCGCUUUCUACGUCCUGAGUCUGUUAUUCCACCCCACUGAAGAGGACUGGGCCCUAGCCUACAGCCAUGAUCAGAAGUUGUACAGUUCAUUGGAUUUUGGAAGAAAAUGGCAGCUCAUCCACGAACGCGUCACGCCAAACAGAUUCUACUGGUCUGUCUCCGGGCUCGAUAAGGAGCUAGAUCUGGUCCACAUGGAGGCACACACGCCAGAUGGAAAUGUGCAGUAUGUCACAUGCAGAGCUCCGAUGUGCACAGAAGCUAACAGGAACUACCCAUUCCCUGGAUACAUCGACAUCAGCUCUUUGGUGGUUCAAGAUGACUACAUCUUCAUCCAGGUUCCUACAUCAGGACGAGCCUCCUAUUAUGUGUCCUACAAGAGAGACUCAUUUAUUCAAAUCAAACUACCCAAAUAUUCGCUGCCUAAGGAUUUACACAUUGUCAGCACUGAUGAGAAGCAGGUCUUUGCCGCGGUGCAGGAGUGGAACCAGAACGACACCUAUAACCUCUACCUGUCUGACACCAGAGGGAUCUACUUCACCUUGGCCAUGGAAAAUGUCAAGACCACUAGGGGCAUCGGAGGUAACCAGAUGUUGGAUCUGUAUGAGGUGGCGGGAAUUAAAGGCAUGUUGAUUGCUAACAAGAGGCAAGACAACCAGGUCAAGACCUACGUGACCUACAACAAAGGCCGGGACUGGAGGCUGCUGCAGGCUCCUGCAGCUAACCUGGAUGGAAACGAAAUUCAUUGCAUACUUCCUUUCUGUUCACUCCAUCUCCAACUGCAAAUGUCAGAGAACCCUUACUUGUCAGGAACAAUCUCCACCAAGAGUUCUGCGCCGGGGAUCCUAGUUGCCACGGGAAACAUCGGAGCAGAGCUGUCUUACAACAACGUUGGCAUGUAUAUAUCGUCUGAUGCUGGCAAUAGCUGGAGACAGAUUUUCGAAGAGGAGCACAAUGUGUGGUUUCUGGACAAAGGAGGAGCCCUCAUUGCUGUCAAACAGCCAUCUGUGCCAACCAGACACUUGUGGGUCAGCUUUGACGAGGGGAGGCAGUGGACCCAACACAGCUUCUCCUUGGUGCCUCUGUUCGUCGAUGGAGUCUUGGUGGAGGCUGGGGCCGAGAACCAGAUCAUGACAUUUUUUGGACACUUCAGCCAUCGUUCUGAAUGGCAGCUCAUCAAGAUAGAUUACAAGUCCAUCUUUAGCAGGAAAUGCACUGAUGAAGACUAUGAAACCUGGCACCUGCACAACCAGGGUGAGCCCUGCGUGAUGGGACAAAAACAGAUGUACAUGAAGCGCAGGACUGGCAACUACUGCAUGCUGGGAAAGGACUACUCCAGAAUCCUCUCAGCUGAGUCCUGUAUUUGCCGAGCUCAUGACUUUGAAUGUGAUUAUGGAUAUGAGCGGCGCGGCGACGGGAACUGCCGGGCUGCCUUCUGGUUCAACCCCUCCACUGUCUCCAGAAGCUGCAGCCAGGGUCAAAACUACCUCAACAGCACAGGUUACCGUAAAGUGGUGUUGAACAACUGCACUAAAGGAGUUAAAGAACUGUACACGGCCAGAAAGCAGCCGUGCCCCAACAGGCCUCCUAAAGGACUCACGCUGACAACCAAAGACGGCAAACUCACCGCCAACCUGGGCAGCAACGUCACCUUCCUGGUUCACCUAGAUGAGGGUGACUCUAUGCGCACCAACAUCCAGCUGGAUUUCGGCGAUGGCACAGCCGUGUCCUACUCCAACCUGAGCUGGACCGAGGAGGGGAUCAAACAUGUGUACAAGUCUGCCGGAAUAUUCCGUGUCACAGCGUUGGCAGACAACACGCUGGGUUCUGACGCCACAACUCUCUUCCUGCAUGUCACAUGUCCAGUAGAGCAUGUCCAGCUUCUCGCUCCCUUCGUAGUCAUAAAAAACAAGGAGGUGAACAUCACAGCAGUGGUCUUACCCAGCCACCCACGGACUGUUACUUACUUCUGGUGGCUAGGCAACAAUACUGAGCCCGUGAUAACAUUGGACGGGAGUAUUUCACACACCUUCUCCACGGACGGAAUGCACACCAUCACAGUCCAGGUGGCUGCAGCCAACACCAUACUGCAGGACACCAAGACCAUAGCAGUCAAAGAAUUCUUCAAAUCGCUACUUUUAUCUUUCUCCCCGAAUCUGGAUGAGUUCAACCCCGACGUACCCGAGUGGAGACAGGAUGUGGGGAGAGUAAUUAAGAAGGCUCUGCUUCAAGUGUCCGACUUUCCGGAGGGGCAGCUCUUGGUAGCCGUAUUUCCAGGAGUUCCAACAGCUGCUGAGCUCUUCCUGUUACCUCACAAGAACCAAUCAGAGGGCAGAAAAAAGAAUGAGGAGGAGCUAGAGCAGGUAUCCAAUAUAAUUGUAAGCGCGCUGAACCAAAACUUGGUGGAGUUCGAGGUCAAGCCUGGUACAAGGGUGAUUGUUUACAACACACAAUUAACACUGGCACCCUUGGUGGACUCCAACCCCAGACACAGCAGCUCAGCUAUGCUCAUGCUCCUAUCAGUGGUGGUCCUGGGCCUAGCAGUGUUCCUAAUCUACAAAUUCAAGAGAAAAAUACCUUGGAUCAACAUAUACGCUGAGGUGAACCAGGAGAAAGAGCAGGAGAUGAUCGGCUCGGUGGGCCAGGGUGACAGCACGCCUAAAAUCACUCUGAGUGAGUUCUCCACAUCCAAAGAACUCAUGGAGAAGGAACUGGAUGCCAGGGUCAAAAGGGGAGUUGGAAAUGCCUGCGAGAGCACAAGGGAAAUUCCAAACUGUACUAGCGUGUAAAAGCGGAGAGCAACAGUUUAUGUACAGAGCAAAGUAUUGCAGUAUAGGGGGGGUUCUCUUUUUCCGUUUUGUAAUUCUCAACACAACUGAUGUUAAUAGUUUUCUAAGGGACCUCAUUUAUACAGACUUGCACGGAUGCCUCGUUCAAAAACAUCCAUGCAGCAAAUGUCAAUUUGCUCAAUGAGAUCAUUGUAAUUACUGGCUAGACUUAUUCCGUUUUGUGGAUGUGUAAGCUAAAUAACGACACUGAUUUGCAGAGUGAAAUAUCUUUUGUCAAAAACCAUCAAGAGUUAUGUAUAUUUCCUAAGGAGUUUGCUUCGAAUAUAAUUUCUGCCAAUAUAUAGACUAUAAUGUCAAUCAAACAGGGAAUAUUGUUGAAAUGUACAAUACUAUCAUCUGUUCUGUUAAAUGUAUAUAUUAUUACUUUCUACAUGCCUGUAGUCUGAGUACCAUGGCAAAGACACAGGAGCUGACAGUGAUCUGUUUUGAAAGUGUGUUAAAAAGUCAAACAUUACUUAAAGAAAUCAAUUUUGUUUUGCUAAGGUCCUUGACAUGUGCAUGUUCUUAUUGAGGACACAAUUUCUGUGUUGUAGAUAAGCAAGUGUUGUAAAUAGUUAUUUUCUAACCAUUCGUCAAAAGAGCCCAAUCAAUUUUGCCCAGAAUUUGGUUGCUCUCAUUUUCUUCAGUUGCUUUUGGGCGAUAUGUAUCUAGUAGAACGGAUUUAUAGAACUGUAUUGGCUUAUUGCAGAUUUAACUUUCAACCAUUUCCCUAGAAAUGAAAUGAAAAAGAUCAAUGUAAACAUAUUCAUGUUCGAUGUGUUUAUAUUUUCAUUAGCCAUAUGCAGUAGAUAUUCAGACAUUUUUACACAGAUGACAGUUAUAUAAAAAAUUAUUUGCCAUUAGAAUUAUUGCAUUACAUUCCGCCUCUUGGACAAUAGCUCAGAUAGUUCUGAUUUGAUUAAGAUAUUAAGAAUAGUUUGUGGCUGACAGUGAUCAAAUUCACAAUAGUGAACAUGAUGGGAGAACCAUGAUGACAUUUAUGCCAAGGUAUGCAACAAGAUAGAUCAAACCAGUCAAUCUGAUUGGUCUAGACACAUUAGAAUGUGUUAAAAUCAGUGUGACAGCACACCCAAACCCUGUUCAUCACUCCAAAUAUUACUCCGCCGCUUACAUGUCAACAUUACAGAGUGUGUUGUGUCAAAACUGGUUUUGACACAUGUACAGUAUAUCCAUCAGGAACCAACCACCUAUUUAGGAACCAAAGUGGAACACACAGAAGCUCUCCAAAACAUUCAUAUAAAGUAGUUCAUGCUACAUGUGAAGUUCACGGAGCUAAAUCAAUACAACUUUUUUUUUUCAUCUGAUUAUUAUUACUUCAUGUUUUGAGCUAGCCAAGCACUUUUGUGGUCAUGUGCGGUAUUUAUUCAGUUGGCCUACAAAGCUAACUUUAGCUUAAGUUGGCUUGCUGGCUAUGCAGGGAGGGACUAGAAAUCCUCUCUUGUGCUUUUUUAUUUUGCCUCACAAUAUGAAUAAAGUUAGAUUAUAACUUUUAUUUUGUUGGUAACCGUGUGAUUGGACGUCAUAUUAUUGGCACUUUAGUGAUUCUUAGGGCUCCUGCAGACUGCCUGCGUGGCGUGAGCGUGUCAGCUGCGUGCUUGCGUUUUUAUUUCGGCUCGCGUGGUAACAGAUUAGUAAUACAUUACUUGCGCAUGCACAGAUUUAAACGGUUUACGGCAUUACAUGUCAUACUGAAAUUUGGGAAAUCCAUGAAAUAAUAAAGUUUUCUCAUUACAAACAAUAACAGAAGAUGGGAAUCAUUUCAGAAACAUUGUAGCUAUCUAUGAAUGAUUGCUGACGUUAACUCCAAACACCAUUCACCUUUGUUGUGUUUGAUGCUAACUUGUAGCCAGCUGUGAAACAACUUGGUUAAGUACGUCAAUUUUUACUAAAUUGACAUUACAGAAAUCUCUCGUUAGCAUCUUGUAGGCUACUUGUCGCAAAGUGACGCAUGGUGACUCAAAUCUGCACUCGACUCACAUCGGGGAGUGGCAGCGUUUCCGGGCUAAAUAGGUAUACGAAAAGAUGUUCAUAUGUCAUUUUGAUGUUUGAAAGCCUCUAGGUUUCGACAUGAAUGCAGUUACAAAUGUAGUUUAAAAAAAUAACUUGAUUUUCAAAUUUUGCACCUGUCAAUACAAACCGAAUUAUCAAAAUAUGUGCAAACAAAUGUACAAAUGCAAAAAUAUUGACAAAAUAAAGUUGAAGAACACACUAUUUCUUUUUAUCAAAACGGAGGAAUACAUGUGUACAGACAAGGCUAGCCACGCAAGAAAACGCCACGCAAUAAAAACGCCAUGCACACGCCAUGCAGGCUGUGUACAGGACCUAGCUGCAUCACUGUCGUGCCAAUAAUUACGUUAAAUUACACUCAUUGCUUAACUAUAAAAUGGGAUAGUAUAGGAAGUGGGUUGGGUUCUGAUAGUUGGUUCCAUUUUGGAUUCAGUUCCUGUUUGGCAAAUAACAAUUU